UGUCCCCCUGUCCCACCUGCAGAGCCGGAGCCGGUGGCGGCUCAGGUGAGCAAGACGGGCAAGUACGUCCCGCCCAGCCUGAGGGACGGCGCCAGCCGGCGCGGGGAGUCCAUGCAGCCCAACCGCCGAGCCGAUGACAACGCCACCAUCCGCGUCACCAACCUGUCGGAGGACACGCGCGAGACCGACCUGCAGGAGCUCUUCCGCCCCUUCGGCUCCAUCUCCCGCAUCUACCUGGCCAAGGACAAGACCACGGGGCAGUCCAAGGGCUUCGCCUUCAUCAGCUUCCACCGGCGCGAGGACGCGGCCCGGGCCAUCGCGGGCGUGUCCGGCUUCGGCUACGACCACCUGAUCCUCAACGUGGAGUGGGCCAAGCCCUCCACCAACUGAGCCGCUCCCAGUUUGUCCCAGUGGAUCCCAGUUGGGCCCAGUUGGGCCCAGUUUGGUCCCAGUUGGUCCCAGUUGGUCC